AAGUCGGGCAGCGCAAAUCGACGGAAACGCGCCGUAAUGAUGUAAAUAUGGUCGUGCCCCAGGGCUCCGAUACCAAGCCGUGCACUAUGGCACACACGCCGUUGAAAUCCUUCACCAUAAACUCCCUGUUGCCGGAGACGGCGCUCGACGACACCUCCGAGCCUGACGAUGAGCUCGGCUCGAAGCGCGAAAGCGAAACGUUGUCCAGUGAUUGUGAAUCGGAUUUGGACGUCACCGGCACAACGCCGCCCUUGGAUUGUUCCAAUAAACCCGAUGAAGAUGAUGCAAAGAAAGACAGCAGUGAUAAAAAGUCCAAUGAAAAACCCCCUUACAGUUACAACGCUCUCAUUAUGAUGGCGAUUAGGAAUAGCCCCGAGAAACGGUUGACUCUCAACGGUAUCUACGAGUACAUCAUGAAAAAUUUCCCGUACUAUAAAGACAACAAACAAGGCUGGCAAAAUUCGAUAAGGCACAAUCUCAGCUUAAAUAAAUGCUUUGUCAAAGUGCCCAGGCACUACGAUGAUCCAGGAAAGGGGAAUUACUGGAUGCUCGAUCCAUCCGCAGAAGACGUUUUCAUAGGCGGUACCACGGGAAAACUCCGCAGGAGAUCAACAGCAGCGUCCAGAUCCCGAUUGGCAGCGUUCAAACGCACCCUAUCCUUGUACUCCCCUUUGCAGUCCUGCUACCCCGCGUUUUACCCGCCCUCGCCGGCGCUCCUGGCGGCUGCAUAUUCCAGGUACAACCCCUACCUGCAAUCGCCGCUGUCGACGAAUUUCCUGCCGCGACCGACGCCGAUGCAGCCCCAAAGCGUCGGCUUGCAGGACUUCAAUUCAUCGGGUUUGUUCAGGCCGCCCGGGUCCCUCUUCGAGAUGUACAACAACUUGAGGCUGUCUGUGCCGCUGCAGUACCCCUUGCAGAUUCCUGCUGCUUUGGCGAACGCGAGUAGUUUGAGCGCGCCUUCGAGUAGUUGUUCCAGUCCCCAGGAGGCGAGCAGACCGUCGGGAGAGGGACUUUUGAAGCCCGUGACGGUGAUUACUAGGAACAAUUGAGUAUUAGUGAAUCUGUGAUUAGCUGUGCGUAUGUACUGUAGAUGAUGCAAGGUGAUGCAAUAUGAGUAAGUUUAAAUAUGAUACUUUAAGGUGUAAUAAUCUUGACUAUAGGUAUCUAUUAAAAAAUAUGUAUGGAUAUCUACUAAUUAAUUUAUUAUUUUCUGGGAAUUCAUUAUUCAAUCAACAAUACAAUUAAUAAUUGAUUAAAAUAUGACAUUUAAAAUAUAUGGAAACUAUUUAUUAAAUAUUUAUUUAAAAAUAUCGAUCAAAGACAGCUCGUUUUAUAUUUUACUUUUUCUCUUUCUAAAAAUUGUAUUAAAGUUCAUAAUAAAACACAUUAUGUAGAUCAAUUAGCUCGGCAAACCUUGCACAUACCUUUCAUAUGUGAUGUAAAAAAUUGUAAAUAAUGUACUAAUAUUUGUAUUUAUAUAAAUUAAUUGAUAGAACAAUGUAUAUUUUUGCAUAUAUUAUUCUAUUUAUAUAGAUGUCUAGCGUCAAUUAAUUGAGCACAAUUUCUUGAUUAAAAAUUUUAAUACC